AUGACUGAAGCAUUCAAUGUACACUUCUCAACAGUUGCAGAUAAGCUGAGAAAACUGUUACCCGACGUGCCGUUUGACACCUCUAAGUUGAGUAACUUUGUAAGAUCUCGGAAGGAUGAAAGUGCUGCUUUCUCAAUUCCACCUAUAGCAGAAGCAGAUGUUGUUGGCUAUCUUUUGAAAAUUGAUUCCAAUAAAUCUACUGGUGGCGACGGCGUCAGUUCUCGAAUGCUUAAACUAGCUGCUCCGAUUAUUGCACCUUCAAUCACAAAGUUGAUCAACCUAUCUUUUUCUUAAAACGUGUUUCCCAGUCGUUGGAAAACUUCCAAGGUAACACCAAUCUUCAAAAGCGGAGACCCCACUGAUGUUACAAACUAUCGUCCAAUAUCAGUUUUACUCAUUCUGUCUAAGAUUGCUGAGAGAUAUGUUCAUAAUGCACUCUACACCUUUUUGUGCGAAAACGAUUUAAUCUACUUCAGACAAUCGGGCUUUCGCUCGAAGCACAGCACUGAAACUGCCUUGAUCAAGAUUAUUGACGAUUUGCUAUUCAGCCUCAACAAAGACCGUGUCAGUGGAAUGGUUUUGGUAGAUUAUCGUGAAACGUUUGACAUGAUUGAUCAUACCCUGUUGUUAAAGAAACUUGAAAUGUAUGAGAUUAGUAGGGAUUCUCUUCAAUGGUUUACCUCUUAUUUGAAGGAAAGACGCCAACUUGUUAAGCUGGGAGAUAAACAGUCAAGUGUCGCUAUUGUUCGUCAUGGUAUUCCCCAGGGGUCCAUACUUGGCCCCUUGUUAUUUAUCGUCUUUAUCAAUGACCUACCGCUUUACGUCACUUCAUCAAGAAUUGAUUUGUAUGCCGACGAUACAACGCUGACUUCCAGUACGAACUAUAGCUCUAUCGGAAGGCUAGAGGGUACCCUAAACUCGUCAAUUGCCGAAAUCGUCGAUUGGGCAGCUUCAAACUGACUGCCAAUUAAUGAAGGUAAAACCAAGGCUAUGCUAAUCACUGGCAAGCGUCUUCCCUCAAAGAUCAAUGAAGAAAUGACUUUAACUAUCAAAGGAACUGAACUCGAACUCGUUCCCAGUGCUAAGCGCUAGGUCUCGAAAUUGACUCUGAACUGUCAUUUACUUCCCAUGUAGAGAAACUUGUAAAAAGCUGUCAAAGCGAAUUGGCGUGUUAAAAAAGAUAGGAUCUUGCCUGCCCAUGAAACAAAGGCUAUUGUAUUAUAAUACUAUGAUAAGAUCUGUAUUGCAUUAUGUCAGUUCAAUCUGGACUAGUUGUGAUAAGGAGAAUUUAAGCCGUGUUUUUAAGCUACAAAAGAGAGCAGAAAGGGUAAUUUUCGACGCUAAUAACCAGGCGUCUAGUGUUAGGCUUCCUUUUUAUGAAGAAGUGAAAAUAACUAAAUGUUGUGUGGCAUAUAAACGCAUCAAGGGUGAAGUUCCCUUAUAUAUUGAAGACUCCUUAAGACUCAACAGUCAGCAACAUAGUCGUGUAACUAGAUAUAGUAAUAUAAAUUUUAUUUGCCCAAAAUUUAAUCGGGUCACCGAAGGCGGUAGGUCGUUCACAGUUUCUACUUGCCAACUCUGGAACAGCUUAAGUCUUGACCUU